AGACGGAAGUUAUACUCAUUUUAAAGUGCAAUAUUUUUGGGAUGUUUGGUUUUGUUUAUCGUUUUGUUAAGCGGAGGGAUUGUGUAUGAGCUAAUAGCGCCUGAAUGGUUGACGAUUGGGUCAUAAAAACUAUGUAUGCAACAAAGCGUCGGAGGAGAACUGUAAAAAGUGUAAAAGCACCAUCCAAGGACCCUCCUAAAAGUAACCCAAGUAAACGACAUAGAGAGAGACUUAAUUCUGAACUAGAUCAUCUAGCUAGCUUAUUACCAUUUGAACAAAGUGUCAUAUCAAAAUUAGAUAAACUGUCUAUAUUAAGACUUGCUGUCAGCUUUCUCAGGACUAAAGCUUAUUUUCAAGCUGUUUUACCCGACAGAUACAACUUAGAAUCACAUCACCAUAUCAUUAGUAGAUCUCAUUUUUUCCCUCAUAAUGGCUUCUCAGAAGGAGAAAGUAUUUUACAAGCUUUGUAUGGUUUCCUGUUUGUUGUGACCUGUGAUGGUGAAGUGUUCUUUGCUGCCAGAACAGUGGAACAGUACCUUGGCUUUCAUCAGUCAGACAUCAUACACCAGAGUGUGAUGGAGCUGAUCCACUCAGAAGACAGAGAAGAAUUUAAAAAACAACUGACUUGGAAUUCAACACUUCCUCAGGAAAAAUCAUCUAUGACAUUACAUGAAAUAAUGAUGCCAGAAAAUUACCACUACCUACACAGAUCUUUCACAGUGAGAUUUCGUUGUUUGUUAGACAAUACAUCAGGAUUUAUUACCUUAGAAAUUAAUGGUUGGAUCCGAUUGUUGCAUAAUAAUAUUGCUCCCCGAUCGACAGAGGAACCACAGAUGGGACUGUUUGCCACAUGUUGUCCGUUUGGGCCACUAUCACUGCUAGACUUGCCGUCCAGAGAAUUAACUUUUAAAUCUAAACAUAAAAUGGACUUCUCUCCAAUGUCCAUGGAUAAUCGGGGUAAAAUGAUGUUUGGAUUUUCUGACCGAGAGUUAGCUACAAAGUCUGGCUAUGAUCUGGUUCACCCUGAUGAUCUUAACUAUUUUUCAGCAGCUCACCAAGAAUUAAUAAAGACAGGCAGUUCUGGACUGAUAGCGUAUCGAUGGUUAACGAAAGAAUUCCGCUGGAUAUGGUUACAGUCAAGUUGUAAAGUUAUCUAUAAAAACAGUAAACCCGACUUUGUUAUCUGUACACACAGACAACUUACUGAUGACGAAGGACAGGAUUUGUUCCACAAACGAGGAAAUGAAUUCAAAUUACCCUAUCCAUUAUUAGAUUUAGAUAUUUGUUCUGGUUUUGACUUUCCUAAUGAUGAAAUGAUGUCAAAAAUGAAAAAUGGAAAGCAAAAGAAACAGAAAAAUCAGGGGGGAAGAGAAUAUUUACAGUCCCCAGGGAGGAAAAGAAAGACUGGAUGUAGAGAUAUUAUCAAUGGAAUCAACGGUUUCAGUGGAAACUAUCCACAAUACGGAAACUUUGAAGGUAGUGACUUUAAACCAGAAAUUCUAUAUCCAUAUCCACCCAAUAAUUUUGGGAUAGAACCUGAAGUUUACCGUCCACAUGGAUAUACCGGGUUUCCGGGAACUGUUUAUCCAUCUGCCGCAGAUACUUAUGGUUUCACAGAAGCAGAGAAGCAUAGUUACGCGAAUGGUUAUUAUCUGGACUCACAUCGGAGACAGUAUCAACAUACUUUAGGUUACCAUGGAAAUGGCUAUCCUGAUUUAAUGACACCAGCUAGUAAAUAUGGGUAUGGGUUUGGGUGUGAUAGUUAUGGACUUGAACUUGCCAAAAAGGUACAUUACGGUGAGGAUUUAUCAAGACUUGACAACGAUUUUAGAAAAUAUGCAUAUGAAUAUGGUAGUGACCGUCUUCAGCCUCGUCUAAAUGGAAGUUUAGAACCUGUUGACUUAAGGUCAUCAUCAAUGUACGGUAGUACUGGUUAUGUGAAUGGUGUUGAUUCAAUGGUCAGUCACGGGUCAGGGUACUCCUCAUCAUCUUUGAUCAAACCUGAAAUUAUUCAUGGACAAAGUUUGACUUCAAAAGAGACAAAAGUUAUUUGCUCUACAAAUGACCUUGGACAAAACGGUCAAGGUCUGACAAUUCCUUUACAACAUAAUUCAGUGAUAAAAAAUAAUACUAGUCCAAGAUCAAUUCAAAACUCACGGAACUCUGAUCAUGUGAAUGGACACUUAUCAAACAAUUACAAUAAUUCUGGACGUGGGAAUGUGAUAAGUAGUCCAGGCUCCUCAUGGAAUCCUUGUCUGAAAAAUUCCAGUCCUAAUUCUACACCUCGGUCUGAUCAUAGCUGUAGUCCCAAGCAGAGCCAUGGUAAAUCUGAUGGAGGGAUGUUGUCUACUAGUAGUCCUGUAACAGGGGCCACCCAAGCAUCAGUUAUACACACACCUAUACAUUUAAUGGACAGGUCACCUCCAAACAGGUCCUGUGAGAAACAGCCAUUAGGUGGUAUACCAGUUCCCGUUGUAAAAACAUCACCAUGGGUACAGUACCACACGCCACACUCCUCCUACGGUGAUCCUAAAGACUGGUCAGUUCACAAUGACCUCUAUUCCUGUCAUCAGAAGUCAAGGGGAAUUAUAGCGGACACCAUGGCACAUAUCUCAAAAGUGACUAUCCAGUGAAUAGAAACAUUACUGUUAUACUUUGUGAUAUUGUAAUCGUGUUUUAAUACUCAGAGAGAAAGACUUUGCCAAACCUGAAAAAGUCCCAAACAUAGUAAAGUGCUGUUAUAUGUGGUACAUGUAGUAUUCACUAUACAUAUUGCACUGUAUGUGUAGCUUGUUACUGUCACACAAAAUUGUGGUAUAUAUAUUGAUAUAAUAUGUAACAGUCACUCGUACAUAUUUCUCAUUUAUUUUGCCAUUAAUCAAAUAGCCAGGCUAUAUUUUUGUUGUUAAAAAGAUUACAAAAGCUACUCAAAUUUAUUUAUUGGUAAAGUUAACACUCUCCAUGAUGCAAACUAAAUAAGUAAUUUAAUUAUCAGUCCCCUAUAGAUCAUGAUUACACAUUUAAGUAAAAGAAGGGAGAAAUUUGUUCUAUGUGAUAUAAAAUGAAAAAUAUGAUUCUUUUGUAUAGAUUGAAUCAUAAAAUUCUUUUGGUUGUAAACACUGCAUUUAUUUUGAACAUAUUGGUGCAUAAAGACAUUGUGUUUAGAUGAUAUAUGAAUGUAAAUAAUACUGUCAUUUUGUAAAUAAUAAUCAUUUAUAGAGCAAACAGGGUGUUACUCACUUUGUUUAAAAAUACUGUUUUGUUGUUAAUUGUUGUAUGUUUUCCUGUUUAAGUUGAAGUCAAACUGGUCUGUUCAGAAGUUUUGAAUAGCCAGGUACCUUUUUUUUACACCUACAAGGGCCUCCGUGGCCAAGUAGUUAAGUUACUGAAACACUAGUUUGUCAACACAGAUUG